AUGUGCCGAUCAGGUCGGUUUCGAGCAUGCUGUUGCCAUGCGGAGCCAAAGCACGUGAGGCCGGUUGAAGGGGUGCGAAUCCAAGUGGCCACAUGGCCUGACUGCGGUUUCCCCAUCGUCACCAUCGCCGACUGGGGUCUGCGGAAAAUUACGAAUACUACUCACUGUGUGAACAGUAGUCGUGUCGAAGUUAGCGGCAAUCGACAAUUGGCCCACCAACAACUAGCCAACGGCAGAAAGUGCGAUCGGACCUCUGUUCUGUUGUUGUGUUGCUGCCUGGCCAGUAAGCCCUGGUCAGAGCACCCUCAGGAAGUGGGGAUGCGAGGUCGCGGCUCGGAUUCGACGGCUUGUUGGUGGGACAGGAGACGUACCACUCACUGGCACCGACUAAUUGUGCUCUACGCUGCACAAGAGCAUCGUUGCAUUCACAGUCGAGCGGCUCGCAAGAACCGGAUCAUCCCACCGGCUCCUCGCUCGGCCGGAAUGCUUCUGCUGCGCUGCAACUCUCAGACGUGCGGUGGGGAUGCGCAGGACUGGGACGAAAGAAUGACCGGUUGGCCGCGGUGUCCAUUCGAAAGUGGAGCAAUGCCGUGUGGUGGGAAUAUGGAUGCAUGUGAUUGUGGAGGGACGGCCGGGAGGGUGGGGGGGAGGGGCAAGAAGAAGAGAGGAUCACAUUAG